AUGGCUUCUCCUCCUCUCUCUUGCUCCGCCUCUGAUCUCAUCCCCUUACUAUCAUCCACAGCCAACGCCACCGCGGCAGCAGAAUUCAUCUGCACGAGAUUCGAAACAAUCUCCGGAAAAUUCACCGACGCUUCCUACGCCAUAGACAACACUUACCUCCUCUUCUCCGCUUACCUCGUCUUCGCGAUGCAGCUAGGCUUCGCCAUGCUCUGCGCAGGCUCCGUCCGAGCCAAGAACACGAUGAACAUAAUGCUCACGAACGUCAUCGACGCAGCGGCGGGAGGUCUCUUCUACUACCUCUUCGGCUUUGCCUUCGCUUACGGCUCUCCUUCCAACCCCUUCAUCGGAAAACAUUUCUUCGCCAUGAGUGGCUUCCCGAAAGCUACCUUUGACUAUCCUUACUUUCUUUAUCAGUGGACGUUCGCUAUCGCCGCCGCUGGCAUUACCAGCGGGUCGAUAGCAGAGAGGACGCAGUUCGUUGCGUAUUUGAUUUAUUCUUCUUUCUUAACCGGUUUGGUUUACCCGAUUGUAUCGCAUUGGUUUUGGUCUAGCGACGGGUGGGGGUCUCCCGCGAGAGCUGAGAACCUUCUGUUUCAAUCAGGGGUAAUUGACUUCGCUGGAUCCGGCGUCGUUCAUAUGGUUGGAGGGAUUGCCGGUUUAUGGGGAGCGUUGAUAGAAGGACCGAGGAUUGGCCGGUUUGAGAAUAGAGGUAAACCGGUUACGUUGCGUGGUCAUAGCGCGACGUUGGUUGUGCUUGGUACGUUUUUACUUUGGUUUGGUUGGUACGGGUUUAACCCCGGUUCGUUCGCGAUUAUUAAUAAAUCAUACGGUUCUGCUCCCGGGAGUUCGUUUUACGGACAGUGGAGUGCUGUCGGGAGAACAGCUGUUACGACUACUUUAGCUGGAUGCACGGCGGCGUUAACGACUUUAUUCGGGAAGAGAUUGAUAGAUGGUUAUUGGAACGUGACUGAUGUUUGUAACGGUUUGUUAGGCGGGUUCGCGGCGAUAACCGGUGGAUGCUCGGUUGUUGAACCGUGGGCGGCGGUUAUCUGCGGGUUUGUUGCUGCAUGGGUGUUGAUGGGAUUCAAUAAGCUAGCUGAUAAGUUGAAGUACGACGAUCCUUUAGAAGCGGCUCAGCUUCACGGUGGUUGCGGCGCGUGGGGGAUUAUAUUCACCGGUUUGUUCGCGGAUAAAACGUAUGUUUCGGAGAUCUUUGGAGGUGAACCGAAUAGGCCUUACGGGCUGUUGAUGGGAGGAGGGUGGAGGUUGCUUGCGGCGCACGUUGUGCAGAUUGUGGUGAUUGUGGGGUGGGUUAGUGUGACGAUGGGGACUUUGUUUUUCGUGUUGCAUAAGCUGGAACUGUUGAGGAUACCGUCGGAGGAUGAGAUCGCUGGGAUGGAUCCGACGAGUCAUGGUGGGUUGGCUUAUAUGUAUACUGAAGAAGAGAUCAAGAAUGGGAUUAUGGUUAGGGAGGUGGGUCGUGAAAAUGACCAUGUAGAACUAGGUGUUCUUUGA